GGACGUCCCAGCUCCCAGCUUCCUAAGGAAAGACAUACACCCUCUUUUGCCCAUUCCCACUUCUAGAAAGUUCUUUCUCUGGUUAUAAAAAGCAGGAGAGAUUGUUACGGUCACAUUAUACCCAGGACACGAGUCAGAAGGGAAGAGAACCCCUGUGAAUCUGUGCCAGGCUGUUAUAGCUGCUUUUGGAGACAGACAGGAUGUGGAUGACAAGCAUCGUAACUCUUUGUCUGCUGGCCCUCGCGGCCUCUGCAGAGGAAAAGAAGCUGAGCAGCCAUGCCACCACGCUGGCUGAUAAAAGUGCCAACCUGGCAUUCAGCCUCUACCACAACAUGGUAAAGGAGAAAGGCGCAGAGAACAUCCUCAUCUCUCCUGUGGUCGUGGCCUCCUCCCUGGGGAUGGUGGCUCUUGGUGCCAAGUCUUCCACUGCCUCCCAGGUCAAAAGCGUCCUCAGUGCUGACAAUCUGAAGGAUGAGCAUCUGCAUGCAGGCCUGUCCGAACUGCUCUCUGACGUGACCGAUGCCAAGACACGCAACACUACCUGGAAGAUCAACAACCGCCUGUACGGUCCCAGCUCUGUCUCAUUUGCUGAUGAUUUUGUGAAAAACAGCAAGAAGCACUACAACUACGACCAUUCAAAAAUAAACCUGAGAGACAAGAGGAGUGCAGUGAACUCCAUCAAUGAGUGGGCGGCAAAGUCCACAGAUGGGAAGCUGUCUGAGAUCACCAAGGAGGUGCCGAACCCAGAUGGAGCCAGUAUUGUCAACGCUAUGUAUUUCAAGCCUCACUGGUUUGAGACAUUCAAUGAUAAAAUGGUGGACACGCGUGCAUUCCUGGUCACCCGAUCAUUCACCAUCGGAGUUCCUAUGAUGCAUCGUACAGGUCUGUAUGACUUCCACGAGGACAAGGAGAACCGUAUGUUUGUGCUGAACAUGCCUCUGGGCCAGAAGCAGGCCUCUCUGAUCCUCAUCAUGCCCUACCAUCUGGAGCCCCUGGAACGCCUGGAGAAACUCCUGACCAGAAAGCAGGUGGACACCUGGAUCAGCAAGUUGGAAACUAGGGCUGUGGCCAUUUCCCUGCCCAAAAUUGCAAUGGAAGUCAGCCAUAAUCUGCAGAAAAAUCUGGCUGACCUUGGCCUGACUGAGGUCGUGGACAAAGCCAAGGCUGACCUGUCCAACAUCUCCGGAAAGAAAGAUCUGUACCUGUCCAACGUCUUCCACGCGUCAGCCAUGGAGCUGGACGUAAAAGGAAACCCGUUUGACACCAGCAUCUACGGCUCCGAAAAGCUGAGGAACCCCCAACUUUUCUACGUAGAUCACCCCUUUAUUUUCCUUGUGAAGGACAACAAGAGCAACUCCAUCCUGUACAUUGGCAGGGUGGUUAGACCUAAAGGUGACGCGUUGCGCGACGAGCUGUAAUAUUAUUGGGAAUUGGGGCGGGUAGUUCUGUUAUUUCGCAAAUGAUGGCAGGAAACGGUGUAUAUUUCUGGUAUGACUGUUACCUCAUGAGCACAUUCCAGUUGGCAAUCUGUGGACUUAGUUCCUCAGCUCACUGUUUUUAUACAAGCUCAACUUUUCCAGGGAACAAUUUAUCAAACCCAACACAUUAGGUUUCAACCUUUAGCCCCCCUACAUUAAAAGAUCUUCUCAAUACCAAUGAUUGGCCUUAAUCUUUAUGAACAGACACUAGACAACAAGCUUCUACUGAGUAUGUUUUCUUCCCAGCCUGUAAGUAGGAUACAGAUCCCCUUCACAUGUUUGGUUAUUUAUUUUGCCUUGUUCAUGUUCACUUGCCAACCAUACUGUGUCAUGUUGUUGCUGUUGGUAUUUUCAACAUAAAAAGCUGUUGGAAUUGUGUGAUUUUGUCAUAAUGUGAUUUUUUUUCAAUAAAAAACGAAAAAGAG